UUGAGCCUGGUAGGAACGAAGAUUCCCCGGAACUUCCGUUUCCGGUCUUCGGUUGGCCGGGGGGAACGCUUUCUAGGGACGGACCAAGAUGGCGGCGCCCAGCCCCGCGGCGGUUGCUGCCGCUGCCCCGGAGAACGAGAGCGGCGCCCUGGCGGCCCCCAAGCCGAAAUCCCCGACCAUCACGCCGCAGAAGGUGCGGGAGCUGAUCGAUGAAGGGAUCGCCCCGGAGGAAGCCGGGCAGCCGGACAAAAAAGAUCCCUCGGUCUUCGGUGAGGUGGCCAACGGCUCUCCCCAGAGCAAUGAGUUGCAUUUUGAAUCCACUAGCAAAGAUGCUUUCUUCAGCCGAGUGGAAACAUUCACCUCCCUCAAGUGGGCAGGCAAACCCCACGAGCUCUCGCCCCUGAUCUGCGCCAAGUAUGGAUGGACCAACGUGGAGUGCGACAUGUUGAAAUGCUCCAGCUGCCAAGCGUACCUCUGCGCCAGUCUCCAGCUGGCCUUCGACUUCAGCAAAUAUAAGGAGAGGUGCCUGGAGCUGCAGAAGGCCUUGCUUGGAGCUCAUGAGAAGUUCUGCUUCUGGCCGGACAGUCCUUGCCCAGAUCGGUUUUCGGUGCUGCUGGUGGAGGAACCCCGGGCUCUUUUCAGCGACUUCCUGGAACGCUUCCAAAAUCUGUGUCGGCUGCAGCUUCAGCUGCCGUCCCUGAAGCCAGACAGUCUUAAAAAUGUGUCCUUGACGGAAGAGAAGGUCAGCUUUCUCUUGCAAUUGAUCGAGGAAGAGGAAGAGGAGCAGGAGAACUGCAAAACCGAAGGUGAGAAGACGUCGGCCAAGCAGCCUUCCGACCUCCUUCAAGUCCACAUCACGGCUUCCAUCUUGGCCCUUUGCGGCUGGACCAGCAGUCCUCCCUCUGGAUCCAUCCACCUCCCCUUGAUCAGCUGCUGUCGUUGCAUAAGGAAAGUCGGGCUGUGGAGUUUUCACCAAAUGGAGUCCACGGAGACCGAGCUGGAGACCCACUCCAACGUUGGCCCUGCGGGCGAGAAACCCUCCCCGGGGCCCACCUCCCCACGACGGAUGAUGACCCGGAGCCAGGACACCGGGGCCCCUCUGGGCUCGGAGCAGCACGAGAAGAGUCCGUCCCCAGUGAUCAGCCGCACGCGAGGUGGGGAUAGCUUCAGCGAGCGCCCCGAGGCCGAAGCAGCCAGCCCCACCACCCGGAGCCGGCCUGUGACCCGCAGCAUGGGCCACGGUGAAGUCGGCGGCCUGGGGGCCGAAGUGCCAUCCAGCCCCCACCGGAAAUCCAAGCGGCCACGCCUGUACUCCUCCAGCAGUUCGGAUUCAUCGACCCGGGUUUUCUUUGACCCCCUGGCCCAGCACCGUGACUGGUGCCCGUGGAUCAACGAGGUGAAGGAAGCGACAGGGCUUGGAACCAAAGGCGACUCCCUGGAGGAGAAGGCAGACCGUGGCUGGCAGGUGGUCCUGAAAGUUCUCCAGGCUUCCAGGCAGUCGGAAAAGCCAGCCCACCUGGAGUCCGAGAGUCUCUCGACCAAAUCCCGCAAAGUCUUCCAGAUUUUCCGCCAGUGGGAAACCGCCUGCUCCUCCUGAAGACCGCGUCGGGACGGCGCAAAGUCGGCUCAGCGGACCACUGCCCAUACUGUUUGCCGGAGGGACGUCGCGUAAGAGAGAGAGAGAGAGACCCAGGGAGAAACAAUUCUGUACCACCCCCUCGUGUCCAAUCUCACCUUCUCACCCAUCCAUGGACGGACGCGUGGAGCGGUUGCCCCUUUCCCACCAAAGAAGAUGCCUUAGCUGCGAUGCGGAUCCCGAAAAAAACAACAACAAUCUUCCUUCCGCCCUCUUCAGAGGUGGGCAGGGACACCUGAGCAUUUCUACAACCCUUGUGCUGGUUCCCGGUUGCCUGGCGGCCUCCAGCAGCUGCACCCAGAGAAAUUCCCAGUUUAAACUGAGCUAGAUCCGCCCGGCAACAGGGUGGAGAAGAUCACUUCCCCACGUGAUGUCUCGGGUUCGUCUUCCGAGUUGCAUUUGGGUCUUCCUUGAUCCUGCUCCUCAGCAAGGGGGGUAGGGGGGUGUCAUUUGUUGUGCGGGGGGGGACGACCUGAUUUGACAUUCUCGGCACCAGCACAGAUAUCGGUCCCUGGCAGUCCGCCAGGGCCCGACACUCCCUGUUCGGUGCUCCGUGUGAAACUCCGUUCGCCUCCCCAGGGUUCAAAUUGAGUCGAAAUGUGGCCUGUUUGGGGCAGCUAGGAUGGAAGUGGGGGACGCUGGUUGACUUCUUAUUUUUAGAUGGGGAAGAGAAAGAGCUCCCAGAAUUCCCUGGGAUGACAUUCAGUCUCAUCUGGCAAAAAUAAUAACUAAUUAACGCUCCUUCCCCAUUUUGUCAUUCAAAAGGUCAAAAAUUGCCACUCCUUUGGAGACAGGUGGGAAAAAUUGGGGAGCAGUUGCCUCAAGUUGGGGGUGUCAAAAAUUGUCAACUUUUAAGAUUGGUGGACUUCAACUCCCAGAAUUCCCCUUAGUCAUCUGUGAAGGUUGGAUUUCAACUCCCAGAAUUCCCCCUAGCCAGCUGUGCAGGUUGGACUUCAACUCCUAGAAUUCCCCUUAGUCAUCUGUGAAGGUUGGAUUUCAACUCCCAGAAUUCCCCCUAGCCAGCUGUGUAGGAUGAACUUCAACUCCCAGAAUUCCCCCUAGCCAGCUGUGCAGGUUGGACUUCAACUCCCAGAAUUCCCCUUAGUCAUCUGUGCAGGUUGGACUUCAACUCCCAGAAUUCCCCUUAGUCAUCUGUGCAGGUUGGACUUCAACUCCCAGAAUUCCCCUUAGUCAUCUGUGCAGGUUGGAUUUCAACUCCCAGAAUUCCCCCUAGCCAGCUGUGUAGGAUGAAGUUCAACUCCCAGAAUUCCCUCAGGCAAAUAAGCUGGCUGGGGAAUUGUGGGAGUUGAAGUCCGCCAGCCUUAAAAGUUGACAAAGCUGGACACUCCUGCCUUAAAUAGUAAGUUGUGUAUGUUAGCAACCACCUAAAACAUCGGAGGUCGUAGAUAUACAGGUGAGAGCUGUAUCGCAGUCGGACAACAAGCCCAUUUCACGCCCCUUUAUUAAGAAAAAAACCACGUUCUAAUCUUUUGUGCAGUGUUUGUAUAAAAUAAACAACAGAAUCCGG